AUGGGCCGUCUGAGCAUCACUGCAGCUAUGGCCGUCUUGGCCUUGGCGGUGCCCCUGCUGUGCCGUCUGAUAGUGCCUUGGCUCGAAGUUGGCACGGCUUGGGCUUCAUCUCGUUUCCAGUUUCUUGUCCCGUUCUCAUCCCACUGGGCGUCGUCAUCAGCGCUGCCCAGCAACGCUGCCGCCGCCGCCCCCUACGUGUGCAGACCGCACGCGUACACGACAGAGAUUGUCUCGGUCGACCCGCUGGUCAUGUACCUGCGCGACUUCGUCCCAGAAGCCGAAGCAGCCGCCCUCGUCGCGGCGGGCGAGCCCGCCUUUGCGCCGUCCGAAGUGACCAAGCACGACCGGAAACAGCACACGUCGGACCGGACGUCGUCGUCGGCGGCGCUGCCCAUUGACGAUCCGGCCGUGGCGUGCGUCCUGGGCCGCGCCGAGGCGUUUCUGGGCGGGCUGAUGGACUUUGGGUCGGAUGCCGAGAUGGGCCCGCCCCAGCUUGUCCGCUACACGGCGGGCCAGCGGUUCAAUCUCCAUCAUGACUGGUACGAGAGGCCGCAGCCCGCGCGCCGCGAUAAACUGCGCCUCGGCCGGGCGUGGAAUCGCGCCGCCAGCUUUUUUGCGAUACUCGAAGACAAUUGUUCUGGCGGGGAAACGCAUUUUCCUUACCUACAGCCGCCGGCCACGGUUGCUGCUGCCGCCCCUGGGGGCCAUCAUCGGCGUCGGGAUGUUAAUCAUGGUAAAAACGGGACAAUGGCGUGGUACGAGCGCACCGAGGAGGACGGGGGCGGGAUCGCCUUUAAACCCGUCCGUGGCAACGCCGUGUUCUGGGUGAAUCUGCAUGCCAAUGGGACAGGCGACGAGCGGACCAUGCACGCAGGUCUUCCGCUGGGCGAUGGGUUGAAGACGGCCAUGAAUAUCUGGCCCAGGCAGUAUUACCUGUGA